CAGAGAGCGGAGCCGGGAUGGGUCAGCGGCCAGACAGGCUGUCACCGUGAGGCGGGAGGGCUGCCGAAGCCGAGCCCCCAACAGGAGUAGACUGCAGGCCCCUCAGAUGAAGGGAGAGAAGCAGCCGCCGGCCCGGAAAUCAAGGAUUGCCAUGGCAUUGCUUUGACAAGCACUUCUGGUUAUCUUCACAGAGAACUCACUGAAGAAUCAUCUCAAAGCAACAUCUUUCUCCCCAUCCCUCUUUUAAUGUCCAUUUUUAAGUGGACUGGGAAAACAUCAACCACGCGUGUGCUUGGCCUGCUCCAGGCAGCCAAAUGAAGCUUUCUUCAAGUUGUUUCUAGAACCGUACUGCUGAAGCACCUCCCGGUAUUGGGUAAAUGUUCAUGAAGUCCUUUUCUGAACCAGCUUAGGAGGCUUAGACCUCUUAGAGCCUGUGGCAUGGAAGCUUUGGAAGUGGAUGAUAUCAGCCCGGCCUUGGAAGUUACUGAGGAUUUCUUUAGUUCUUUUGAUAGUAAGAUAGAAAAGGCUGUACAGCAAGCAGAGGUUUAUGGGAUUCAAGAAGUCCCUGAACUGGUGGGGCAUGAAGUAUUCAGUAACAUACCAGACAAUGGUGCUAUCAGGAAUGUUGCCUCCCUGGGCAAGGGGGGCAUGAUUUGGGACCACUGUAACAGCAGGCUCUUAGAAACCAAAGCUCAAAAUAUCUUCCCUGCCAAAGAACAGUUUAUGGUUCAGAGAGGGGCAACUCCGGAUAAUCUUUCCUGGAUGGAACAAAAGGAAACCUCAACCUUUAAUUUUUUCAACAUUUGCCAGCGUCGGAGGGACAGACCUCGAUCUGUAAAUGACUUAUUGGAUGAGACCUCUACUUUCAAGCCAGGGCAUGCUCGAUCAAGGUCAGAUAUUACUCAAGUGGACUGGAGGGUAGUCCUCAAAACCACACCUUUGCAGCAGCAGCAGCAACUGUCUCUUCAGGGCCCUCACUUCACCAGGCUGUCUUUUCUGUCACCUUCAACAAGUAAGGUAGAAGAUGCUCAAGGAAAUACUGAACACAAGCAGACAUUCCCAAACAUUCUGAAGAAGGGUUACCUGGAGAUUAGGAAGGACCAUGACAGUUACUGGCAAAGCUGUUAUGCAGAACUAUCACCCUACAAUUUAUGCUUCUACAGCCUCGACAGCAGUGGGAACCAAAACCUCUACGCCACGUAUCAGCUUUCACACUUCCAGAGCAUAUCUGUUUUGGGCAAUCUUGAGGCCAGGAUGGUCGAUACCGUCCUGUAUGACAACACUCAACUACAGCUAAAGGCAGAGUCACCAUGGGAGGCUUUGGACUGGGGACAGAAGCUCUGGGAAGUUGUGCAUGCUGCCGGUCCGGGUUAUGUGGUGCGUCAGGAUGAGCUGGCAAACUCACCAGGGCUUGGUCAUAAUGUUGACUAUACACAGAAUCAUUGUUUACAGAAGAAAUCCAGUGGGCUGCUGCCAUCAUCCCCUGUCUUGGAUAGCCCCAAACAGUACCAAAACAUCCUCAAAUCAGGGACACUGUACAGGCUAACUGUCCAAAACAAUUGGAAGGCGUUUACAUUUGUGCUGAACGGAGCCUACCUUCUGGCUUUUCAGCCUGGCAAGCUAGAUGAGGAUCCCCUGCUGAGCUACAAUGUGGAUGUGUGUCUGGCUGUCCAGAUGGACGAUCUAGAUGACUGUGACUCUUGCUUUCAAGUCAUUUUUCCCCAAGAUGUCCUCCGCCUCCGUGCUGAGACCCGGCAGAGGGCUCAGGAAUGGAUGGAGGCCCUGAAAACAGCUGCCAGUGCAGCGAGGAGUUCAGAGCAAAACCUGCAAGUCACACUGAGGAGCAAAUCCAAGGAUCAAAUGGGUGGGCACGAUGGCAGGAAGAAUAAACGUCAGUCUGUGACCACCAGCUUCCUGAGCAUUCUGACGACUUUGUCUUUGGAACGAGGACUCACUGCUCAGAGUUUCAAAUGUGCAGGUUGCCAGCGAUCCAUAGGCCUUUCCAAUGGGAAAGCUAAGGUGUGCAAUUACAGUGGGUGGUACUACUGUGGCAGCUGCCAUGUGGACGACAAUUUUCUUAUCCCGGCACGCAUAGUCCACAACUGGGACACUUCAAAAUAUAAGGUGUCUAAGCAGGCCAAAGAGUUUCUGGAGUACGUUUACGAGGAGCCGCUGAUCGACAUCCAGCAGGAGAACCCCAUGCUGUACCUGCACGCCGAGCCGCUGGCCGCCGUGGUACGCCUGCGGCAGCAGCUCAAAUCACUACGGGCCUAUUUGUUCAGCUGUCGGGCGGCAGUGGCCGAGGAUCUGCGCAGAAGAAUUUUCCCCAGAGAAUACCUCCUCCAACAGAUCCACCUGUAUUCCCUCGCCGACCUGCAGCAGGUGAUAGAGGGAAAGCUGGCUCCAUUCUUGGGCAAGGUCAUUAAAUUUGCCACCUCACACGUGUACAGCUGCAGUCUGUGUAGCCAGAAGGGGUUCAUCUGCGAAAUCUGUAACAAUGGAGAGAUCCUCUACCCCUUUGAGGAUAUUUCAACAAGCAGGUGUGAACGCUGUGGAGCUGUUUUCCAUUCUGAAUGCAAAGAAAAGUCUGUCCCCUGCCCAAGGUGUGUUCGCCGAGAACUGCAGAAGAAGCAGAAGUCUUUCUGGCGGAGGCUGAAUAUGGAUGAGAGUCUGGAGGAGGCUUUCAACAUGUUUGAGCUGUCCUACCAGAACACCUGACCAGGCAGGACCCCCAGGCCAGAGAUUCACUUAGUGAUGAUCCAUCAGCCCUGAGUGGCUUCCUAACUAGCCAGUUAGACCCCACUGGAAGAAGAGUAUGUCUGCUCUUCAGCUAGAUAUAGAUAUAUAUUUAUAUAUAUAUAUAUACAUACAUACCUAUACAUCCUGUAAGUAUACUCUGUGUAAAUCGUUGUCUGGAAAGUCCUCAGAGCCUCUGUAGCUCAAAAAAAUACCAGUUGCUGACUUACACCUAGCCAUGAAUUUCAGCCGCUUGCUCCCAAGCAGAACAUGGUUUACAUACUAUGCUUAAUAGUUUAGACUUUUUUUUUUUUUUUUUGGCUCUCAGGGGCCAUCUUAUUACACAGAACACAGAAGGAAACAUUUCCAGCAGAAUGACAGAGAUUUGGGUUAUUUUUGUGUUAUUUAUUUUUAGCCUCCUGAGAAGCUGAAGUAACUGAGGCAAGCACCCACCACCAUCUGUUUCAUAAGAAAAUCUUCAAAACACAGGAAUGACUCCUGGAUCCUUCCAGGACUCGGUGUCCUUGGCUCUGUCUCUCCUCGGUUUCUACCCGGGCGGACGUGGGGGUCACGCAAAGAGCUGAAUGGCCUGGAAGCUAAGAGUGCGAGCUCCCUUUGACAGAAAGCAUGAGCCCCUAAUUUAUGAGGAGAGCUGGUUCUGGCUUCAAAGUUAAUUUCAGAGAGUUUCUUUUUCCUGAGAAGAGAUUUCUGCGACCAAUAACCGCAUGUUGUCAUCUGUUUGCUGGUACGAGUCCCAGCAUCUGCCUAAUGAUGGGACCGUCCGCCAUAUUGCCAGGGUGUAAACAUGGCUGUCUUAAGAACAGUUUCGCAAGGGUUUCAUGGGAGAUAUUUAUGCUUUUUUUAAUGGUGCUGGCCUGAGGAAAUUUCCUAGAAUUGUUGUUAAAUACUGGUAGAUAGGGUAUGUGGUGCAUACACUCCAAGAGAGGAUCUUUGAUUUCUUUUCAUGGAAUCCUGAAUUCCUACCUAUUCAUUCAUUUAUCUGUCAUUGUUCUUCACUGCACUUUUUUGACGUUUGAUUUGUCAAUUUAAUCAUUCCUACUUUCGUUUGCUUUCUUAAAUUAUUUUAAAAAAUCAGAGGAACAUGGAUCUUCGAAAUACCAACUUUAGGCUAUUAAGAAAAUACCAAA